AUGGCGCCCACAGCUCUAGACACGAGCAAAGGUACCUUCACUGCUUCCAAGGCGUCUAGCAAGACAAAGGAUGGCCGGUCGCCCACAAGUGCGCGAUCCCCUGCCAGUGUAGCUGCUUCCCCUUCAAGCGUCAAGUCUCCCGUCGUCGUGCUGCCCGAUCGGCGCAUCGCGCCGAUGAGCGUGCCGCAUGGCUCGGAUGAGGAUAUUUACAAAUUCUACAAGGCCGAGGAUUUCAUGGCGUGGUUCGAUGACGAUGCUCUGAAUGCAGCGAGGCAGGAGGAUGCCUUUAGACCGAGGGACGCCUGUGCUGCACCCGUCAAGAGCAUCAAAGCAAAGCAGGAUGACCAGCUCAGCCUCGUCGUAGAGCUGGGCGAGGAUGGCGGAAUAGUGUUGGUGGAGGUGCUGCGCUUCGAUACCUUUAGACUGAGAUGGGGUCCUGGCAAGAGCAGCGCCAAAGAGUUUAGCUCGUAUCUUAGCCCCUCGCUCUGCACCAACGAGCUGGGCGAGUUGAGGAGGCGACUUGCGCAAGAUGAACGUGUCGCUCUGUCUGCCGCUCUCACGCACGACUCGACCAGCACAAGCAUAUACAAUGACAACAGCGUAGCAGACGACGCUCACGUCGAGUGGAGCAUCCGCGCAAACGGACAAGAGACGCUGCAGAUCCGCGUAUAUCAGGCACAUUUUCGAGUGGAAGCUUGGCGACACGUCAAGGAGAUCAGAAUGCCCGGUGAGAGCAAGUGCUACGAGAAACCGGCUUCGCCUCUCUCUCUCUCUCUCUCUCUCACACACACACGCCAUCUCGCAGAUUCCGACGCUUCCAAUCCGCCCCACACGAAAUUUGCCCGCGUAUUCAGCACCGCUACGCAAGACUCGGCGGUCUCGGCUCUGCGCUGCAAGCAAGACGCGGAGGGCAACUUUGCCACCUUGUUGGCGGCGAGGAAACGUGGCAAGGCGCUAGGCUUUGGCGAACAAGGUGGUCUGGGAUUGUUCAAGGAUGAGCAGCUCUUGACCUACUUUAAUUACGACAAUAUGGGUGAGUGGGCGCGAGAAAGUGGAAGACUUGCAACACCGCCAGCGCUCACUCCCUGUCCGUCCAGGUUACUCUGGAGUCUAUGGACAGCAGGCGCUCCGAGCUAGCGAGCCAAUGUACCACUCUGAACCAUUUUGGGUCGAAGUGGCUGCCAUUCCAGGUUAUGCCUCCAGCGUGGGGUACUUUGUCGACGAUUAUUGUCAGACAUUCAUCGACGUCGGUCAGCACUGCAAUGCUUAUCAGAUCGGCUCGCGAUUUGGCGACCUAGAACUGCACAUCACCUGUGCAGACGAUGUAGCGAGCGUGAGUCAUGCCCACGCCAGCUGCACUGGUCGUGGCAGGCUGUGGCCAAAGUAUGUGCUAGGCUAUCACCAAGGAUGCUACGGCUACGAUACGCGCGAAAAGGUCAUCAAUGCGGCGAUGAAGCAUCGGCAGUACAAUAUUCCCCUCGAUGGUCUGCACAUCGAUGUGGAUCUGCAGCGCAAGUAUCGCACCUUUACCAUGGAUCAGGGGCAAGGAGGUCGUUUCCAAGACCCAAAAGGCAUGUUCCAGCAGCUUCAAAACAUGGGCGUCAAGUGCAGCACCAACAUUACACCCGUCAUCUCCAGCACGGACGACGCGAAGCGGGACUAUUGGCAAGAAGGCAGUGCUGCGCGCUCCCAGUAUGCCACGCUCGACGACGGCCUCAAGAAGGGCGUGUUUGUCAAGGAGAGGCGGUACAAUGCGGGCGACGAUAGAACGCCAGAAUACAUUUGUUGGGAAGGGGGCAACGAGAGGCGCACUCGAGCGCAGUACAUUGAGAACUGGCAGACGGACACCGAGUACAGAGGGGGCGUGUCGUAUGGCAAGGAUCUGGGCACGAAUGGCGUCUAUCCCGACUUGGGGAGGAAGGAAGUCCGGGAUUGGUGGGGCGCGCAGUACAAGGAACUCAUCGAGGCUGGCCUGUCCUUUGUCUGGUGGGUACGCGAGUGUGCUUCGAUGUACUUGUCCUCGUCCUGAUGAUGGAGCGCCCCUCAGGCAAGACAUGACUACGCCGGCAGUUCGAGUGGAAAGUGGAGACAUGAAGGGGUGAGUGAGGCGGGGGGGCAUUAGGGGAAAGAGGAGCAGGAGAGCUCAUUGCUGCAUCUCGGCCAUCUGCAUAGCUUUCCAUUUCGGCUCCUGCUCUCGGACGACUCUUCUGCACGUCAGUCCAAGCGCGGUCACCUGCAACCCGCUCUGAAGGUGUGGAAUAGCUACAGCUUCAAUCUGCACAAGGCGACCUACAAAGGCUUGCAAAGGUUGAGACCGGACGAGAGACCAUUCAUCAUCGGCAGAGGCAGUUUCACCGGCAUGCAUCGCUUUGCCGCUUUGUGGACCGGCGACAAUGCCAGUGAGCGCGCGCGAGAGAGAAAGAAACAUCGUGUGCGUGCCUUGACUCGCUUACACGUGACGUUUUUCGCAGGUACCUGGAACUUUCUUCGUAUCAUGAUACAGCAAGUCUUGAGUGCUGGUAUCGGCGGCAUCACCUUCACUGGCGCAGAUACUGGUGGAUUCGAGAGGGAAGGAUUUACGGGAUCGUGGGCCGAUCCACAGCUGGUCAUUCGUUGGACAGUUGCAGCUAGCUUGCUGCCAUGGCUGCGCAACCGUGAGUGGGACAGCGCUGCGCCUUCUCAACGUGAUGCUCUGCUCACCGCCAUCUCUGCGCUUUCUCAACGUGAUGCUCGGCUCUUCGCCAUCUCUGCUUGUAGAUUACAUGGGCAAGCCCGGCACGAAGCUGUUCCAAGAGCCCUACGCGUACUACGAGCAUGCAUCGCAGAUGGGAGAUCAGGCACCGCUGUACCGAGCGGUGCUGCCCAUCUGUCGGUACUACAUCCACUUGCGCUACACGCUGGUACAGGCGCUCUACGAUUUGCACUUUAACAGUCUUUUCGACGGGCUUCCCAUCGCGAGGAGCAUGUGCGCUACGGACCCGUGGGAUGAAGCCUUGUUCGGAGAGAGGCAGAAAUUCCUGGGCGAGCAGGUGAGUGCAUGUACCGCAAGUCGAGCCUCUACGAGCUGCUUACGAUCCAUCCCAUCUGACCACAGUACAUGGUUGGUCAUGCACUACUUGUUUGCCCUGUGCUUUACAGCACGAGCGAGACUGCUCUGUCCUCGCAGAUCAAGCAAGGCAUCGAAGACCUGUAUCUGCCUUGCGGCUCGCACUGGUACGACUUUAACCUGCACCUGCGCUCGACGGGAGAUGACGUCGCCACGCAACAACUUUCUCCCGCAUGGACGGCCUUGAAGGCUAGGCGAGCAGGCGGAAGGGUGUUGAAGUGGACGAGCAGUGUAGAUCGGUAUGCUCUCGGUGACGUCGGUCACUUGCCCUACCUGCUACCCAUCUUCGUCCGAGAAGGAUCCGUCUUUCCCACGCGCAAGAAUGAGCAAUGGGUAGGUCAGCUGGAUGCCAACCCGGUCACCCUCCACGCCUAUCCUCUUCGAGCGGGCCGGUCCGCAAGUCACUCGCUGUUUUUGGACGAUGGGAGGUCCGUGGCGAGUGCGCCCAAGGAGCUUCCGCAGUACGCCCACGAUGAGCUGGCGAGGAGGUUCGCUCAGAGCAAGUACCGCCACUUGCGCUUAGAGCAGUCAGCAAGCGUGAUCAAUGGAGAGGUGAGUGGGGCGCGACGAGUACAGUCAUGCACCUGCACCUGCACCUGACCGCCAAGUCUCCGCUCGCAGUACACUCGCACGAUCACCCUCGAGCUCAAGCAUGACGGCUGGGCGUUGGAGGAAGUGGUGAAGCACGUCGGAGCAAUGCAUACGCUUCAGCUGUGGCACGAUCCGAGGCAUGCCGCCAUUGCUGCCUCUGCGCGCGUUGCCUGCUCCGACCCAGCGGCCCAAAUCACGUACGAUGCCGCAAUGGCCUCACAUGUUGUCUCCUUUGCCGUCGAUGGCACUCGGAAGAGGAGCUUUACGAUCGUCUUUGCGAAAGGUUCUCCGACUUUGUAG